AUGCCCGCAACCACUACAUCCGCCAACGCGGUAUCCGACGGUGGCUCUGGCGCCAAGCAACCCGCGACGACCGUCCGCUUCCGCCUCGUCCUCCUAUGGAUCCUCUUCUCGGCAGCCAACUACGGCUACGGCAUUUCGGAGCUCAAUGCGCUCCAACCCAUCCUCACGUGUCAGCGCCGCGAUCCUUCCUCAUCAACCCUCUCACCCAUCGCCACAGGCUGCAUUCCUUUGACGGAAUCACAGUUCGGCCUGGUGACGUCGCUGUUCACGCUCGGCGGUCUCGCGUCGUCGUUCCUCAUCUCGCCCGUCUCCAAAUCGCUUGGCUGGGGGCGGCGGACGUGCAUCUCGUGGUCCGCGGCGGCGGGCAUCCUCGGCAGUGUCAUCCUCGCCAUCUCUUCCUCGCUGGUUGGACUUGGACUGGGAAGAUUCAUCCAGGGCAUAGGAUCGGGGAUAGGCGUCGUGAUCGUCCCCAUCUUUAUCAACGAGAUCUCGCCCGUGGCGCUCAAGGGGUCGAUCGGCGUGUUGAACCAGUUCAGCAUUGUGCUCGGCAUCUUUGUGGCCCAAGCGAUAGGUGCGAGUUCGCUGGGAAGCGAUGGGACGUGGUGGAGAAGCGUACCUGCGGUAUCGGGGAUCGUGUCGGUGGUGCAGCUGGUGAUGUCGACGGUAGUUGGGUUGGAGUCGCCAGGGUGGUUGGAGGGGGAGGGGCGGAGUGGGGGUGGGUUUGCGCGGGAUGCGGCUGACGAGGUUCGCUCUUUGCUCUGGUCCACUUCCGAGGUGCAAAGCUUCAAAGCCUCUCGAGGGUCGUUUGCAGGGAGCGGCGAUGAGGAGCGUCAAGGUCUGCUGUCCGACGAAGAGCCUUCUGACGCCCCACCUACCACCACGGACGACCAAGUGGGUCUCGCUGGCCUGUUCUCCGACCCACAACUUCGCCCAGGAGCCAUCCUGAUCAUCCUCACUCAGCUCGGCCAGCAGCUCAGCGGCAUCAACGCCGUGCUAUACUACAGCGUCGGCAUACUUGGUUCGAUCCUUCCCACCUUGGCCCCCUCCAUCGGCCUCCUCAUCACGCUCAUCAACAUCCUCCUCACCUUCCCACCCAUCUACCUCAUCGACGAGCAUCGCGUUGGGCGGCGGCGGCUCAUGCUGCUGUCCGCGCUCACCAUGGCCGUCUCCUCCGCGCUGCUCGGUGCGGGCAUUGUGUCCGGAUACAAGAUCGUCAGCGCUGUGUGCAUGGUGAUAAUGGUCGCUGGAUUCAGUUUUGGGUUGGGACCCGUACCGUUUGUCAUUCUACCCGAACUGGUGCCGAGCAGAGCAGUGUCCAGUGCGACCAGUCUGGGACUCACCCUCAAUUGGACCGCCAACUUUGUCGUUGGAUCGGCGUUCCUGCCCAUCAAGAACUUCCUAGCGCGCUUCGACGAAGGGCAUACGGGCGGGGCGGUCUUCUGGAUCUUUGCAAUGACCAACACGCUCACCGCCCUCAUCGUAGCCAAGAUGUACCGCUAUACCGAGUGA